CAAAUCCGCAUUUUAUCCAAUUCCACCUCAGACCCACAUCAGAUAAACGGAAAAAACCAAUUAAACAAACACCAACGGUCCUCCCGCAUAGCAUUCGCCGAUAUGGAUAGGGUAUUCUCAGUCGGAGAAAUUUCUGACCAGUUCUGGUCACCGCCGUCACAGACGCCCCCAGCUUCAGCUCAACCGGAUGAUUACUCCAAGAUGAACCGGAGCGCUUCUGAGUGGGCCUUUCAACGCUUUCUUCAAGAGGCUUCUGUUGUGGCUGUUUCUGCCUCUGCCUCUGCCUCUGCAUCUGACUCCUCGCCGCAAUCUUCUUCAGCUCCCGCUGGCGAUAAAAGCGACGUCAUUGAGAUCAAGGACAAGGAUAAUGAUUCUUUUUCUGGUGCUAAUGACAAAACGACUGCGUCUUCGUCUUUUAGCAAUGGGCGAUGUACCCCGUCGUUUAAUGAAGCUGCGGCUCCCGGUGCUCCUCCCAAUAUUCCUGUGGAUUCCGAGGAGUACCAGGCGUUCUUGAAAAGCAAACUUCAAUUGGCUUGCGCCGCCGCUGCUGCCCAAUCCCGGACAUCUUUUCUGAGACCUCAAGAUUCUCCUGCUAGAGCUGACAGUGGAUCACAGGCUUCAAAUGCUUCACAAUUAGGAACUCAUGCUACUUCUAAAGGGGCUGGAGGUGACUUAUCCAGGUCACAAGAUAUGGAUGCUAAUGGACCAGUUGGAAUCUCCUCCUUAUCCAGCGCACGAAAGAAAUCAGGAGCUACUUUGAAGCCAACGACAAGUGGAUCAUCGAGAGAACAGUCAGAAGAUGAUGAAAAUGAAGAGGAAACUGAAAUAACAGAGAAUAUGGACCCUGCUGAUGCAAAACGUGUAAGGAGAAUGCUUUCAAAUAGAGAGUCGGCUCGACGAUCAAGAAGAAGAAAACAGGCCCAUUUGACUGAGCUUGAGACACAGGUUUCUCAAUUGAGAGUUGAAAAUUCUUCGUUAUUAAAACGUUUCUCUGACGUAAGCCAGAAGUACAAUGAGGCAGCUGUAGAUAACAGAGUUCUAAAAGCUGAUGUUGAAACAUUGAGAGCAAAGGUGAAGAUGGCCGAGGAGACUGUCAAAAGGAUUACUGGUUUGAAUCCAAUGUUCCAUGCUAUGCCUGAGAUAUCCACAACAAGCAUGCCAUCAUUUGAUAGAAGUCCUUCUGAACCAUCAACAGAUGCUGCUGUUGCUGUCCAAGAUGACCCAAAGCAUCAGUUGUGUCAGCCUCAAAAUCAUGCUGUAUCCGCUCAUGACCUAGGAGUCAACAGUGCUUUGGCGGACAUCUCUUCAGUUGAAAAUGUGCGGCCACAUUCUGAAGCAGCAGGACUAACAGGGAACAAGUUGGGACGAACGGCUUCUUUGCAGCGAGUGGCUAGCUUGGAGCACUUGCAGAAACGUAUCCGCGGGGGUGUAACUCCUUCUGAGCCCCAGUCCAACAGGGAGUAGCUGUAACAAACAGAAUGGUCCCAAGUGUAAAGAUGGUUUUGCUGAAGGAUAUUGUCAAUGAGCAUUUUGUUGCAGUAUGAUUUUCAGUUGCAACUGUAUGUAUAAGGCUCCAUUCUUUAUGUAACUACACGCUGAAUCAAGCUGUUAUUUUAACCUUCAAUUUAUUAUGUGACAGCAACUUCUUGUAUGGAACAGUUCAUCAUAGGUGAUCAGUGAGAGUUUAAUUCUUUAUCAUCAACACAA